AUGGCUAAUGGCAAUGCAACUGUGAUGCGAGCUUCAAUGCUGAUCCUGCUCAUUUUAUCAGUGAAUGUGGUUAAUUUGGAGGCAUUGAGUUUUCGCGGUUCUAGGCCUAUACAUACGAGAAUUGAUAGCAGUUCUCUUUUAGAACGAUUAGGGUAUGAUUUGUCAAAAAUGAAGCAUGUAAUGAAGGAAAAAGUGAUGGACACAUCGACUUCAAGAGUCUCACCUGGAGGGCCAAACCCUGACCACCACUCUCAACCAUCUUCUGCACUGCCCUAA